UCAGAGCGGUGUUUGACGCGCGUCCGAGUGUAGCGGCAGCAGCACGCGCGUCUCCGUUAUCAUCGCAGCAAUGGCUGCGGCUCUCUCUCGCGCUCUAAAAUUACCGGGUAAGAAGGGUUCAGAUCUGGGCGAGUAUGAUCCUCUGACGCAGGCCGACAGUGAAGAUGAAAUUGAAGAAGAUGAUCUGGUUCUCAAUUAUCCUCGUAACGGUCUGAGUCCUGAGCUGAGAGGCCGUCAGUGUGUGGAUGAAGAGGAGUUUGAUGAAGAUGAGUGGAGAGUUCAGGGCCAGCAGCCCCAGAGAGAGGGGGCGGGGCUUGCGCCAGAUGGGACGGGGUUAGGGCGGGGCCAGGGCGGAGACUCUGAGGAGAAGGCGGUGCGUGUGCGAGGGGCGGUGCAGACCGCUGCGUUCCUGUUGCCGCUGAGCUGCGCUGCCAUGCUAGUACUGCUGUGUGCGUUUCUCAUUCCCUGCCCACAGGGGGCGUUACACAACACACCGCGGUGGGAGACGGAGCUCGGAGACGUGGCCGGUGUGACAUCACCUCCUGUUGCAUUGUGGGAUGUUGAUGGAGACGGGCUGGACGAUGUUUUGAUUGGUGUCACGAACAUCUCCAACGACAGUCAGCCAAUGAGCUCUCAGAGUAAAGAGUACAGUGUGAUGGCAGUGAGUGGCAUCAGUGGGCAGGUGUUGUGGAGGCGGGCACUCAGAGAGCCGCUCAUCUCUCUGCAGUGUGGACUACAGACAGGAAGUGCUGAUCCUCACUACAGGAAACUGGAGACAUCUGCUUGCAUCCUGAUCAGCUCCAGUCACAUCAUCAGUGUUAAUGCAUCUACAGGCAGGACGUGCUGGACCGCAGCUGUGGGUGACGUGGAGUCUCACGCCGUUCUGCUGCCGGAUCUGCAGGGAGACGCAUUCCCAGAACUACUGAUCACAACACUACCAGCUGACCAGGUGUCUGAUCUCGCUCUCGUCUUGAUCUCGGGGAGGUCUGGAGCUCUGAUUGGCCGGCCGGUGAACUUUAACCUCACUGCUCAGGGGAAGCUGAUUGGUCCGCUGCUGCACGAGACGGCGACUGGAGCGUAUUACAUCCUGUUUGGACUGGGCACUGUGGAGGCUGUGUCUCUCAAUUAUAUUUACAGUCAGGCCACUGGCAGGACAGCCACAUCUAGAGUCCGACUGAAGGACCCAGACUGGGAAGGACUAAGAAAGAACAACACAACACUCAUACACAUCAGCAGUGGCUCAGAGCAGGUGGAUUUCUUGCUCCCUCUUGUUGCUGGUUUGUGUCAUAAUCACAAUAAUCUAGACAGUGUGUCGGUGUUGAACGCGAGUCGCAGUGAUUGGAUCCUGGUGUGUGGAGUAAACAGCAGACUGUCUGUACUGAAACAGAGCGACACACACGCUGCAUGGACGCUCGGCCUCACCUCAAUACACAGUCGUCCGGUGUCGGGUUACUUUAAUAAUGACGGUGUUCCUGAUCUGCUCAUUGAUCAGUCAGCCAAUGGCAUCAGGAAGAUGCAGAUCAUUGACGGCACUCAGGGGCGGAGCUUAUGGGAGGCGGAGUUUGUGUGUCCUCGUCUGGCAGUGGAAGACUCGUCCGUUCUGACCACAUCCGGCCAAUCUGUGUUCCUGUUCUGGGCGGGAGAUCCGCUCACACAAUCACAGAACGUUACCAAGGCGGCCGCAGCCGAACCGGUUCAGCGCAAACUCUUCCUGCUUCAUCCGUACUAUCCCACAAUCCUCCUGCAGCUGAGCAGCACCACAGACACCGUUCUCACGUCAACAGUGAGUUAUCAGCCGCAGCAGAAAGACGCGUCGUACAUCAGCGUGUCAUCACGGCCCACGUCCGGUCUGGGACUCGGAAAUCGACUGCUCAAGAGUUUUAGUAUGAAAGCAGCGAUCGCAGCCGGUCAGAUCGUCCAGCUGGGAGACGCGAGCAGAGACGUCGACGCUUUCCACAUCAACAAGUUCUUCAGACGCUUGUCCUUUGAACAGCUCUGAGAUUCAUGCCAAUCUGGGCCAGACAGGAACUCAAAAGGACACUUCUGGACACGAGUUCAUGGAGCCGCUGUUGUGUGUUUGUCCCGCUCGCACCUGAUCACGUCUGUCUCCUGCGGGAUUCUGUCCAUGUGCCGACACGUCCUCAUUCCCGCCACUGCUGCCGGAGGUCUCGUGUGGAUUUUGUGUUCCUGAAAGUUGAAUGUCUGUGUUUUGUUUCUGUUCAGUAAGGCCAGUAAGACCUCCAUAGGACUGAAGAAAUGUGUGUGUAUACUUGAUCUCUUUGAACUUUACCUGCAAACUUGAUAUUAGAAGUGUGAGACGAAGGAAACUCCAUGAACGUGUUCACUGUGGCCCAUACAGUGAGUUUAACACGCGUGUGGUUCACACUGUACAGUAUAGAAGGGAUACGUGUGUUUGAUGCAUGAAUGACUGAAAUAUGUAAAUACAGUGAAUAAUAAACACUUCAUUCCACUAAACACUGAAAUACUGGAUAUUUAUAUUUGUGUGCAGAGAGGAAAAUAAUAAAGCAGAUCUCUGUUAUAUAUGUGUUAUAUUAGUGUUUAUCUGCACUUUUAAAGACGAACUAAAACAAUCAUUUGUCUUUUUAAAAUGGCCUGUACACGUUUGACUGAUUUCUGUUAGAUUAUUCUGUAAUGAAUGACUCAUUUGUCUGACUCAUUUUCCAGCUUAUUACAAGACGACUUGCCAA